UGAGGCUUCUUGACCUUGGUGCAUAAACAAUUUGUGUCUGUGAAAGCCGGGCUUUAUUUAUUGUGAAAUAACCCUGUAUUAUAUGCAGUCAAAUCAACGGUCAACGUCAAGUAAUCAACCUAAUUUUCCACGCAAAAGAAAUACACAUGUUCAAGGGUUGAAAUCUAGACUUCGAUCGAAUAUUAAUUCAAUUUUAUCCAAUUAUGAAAUGAUUUUAUCACGAUCCAAGAUUGACCCAAAUGAGGUUACUAAAGGUCUUGGUCCAUAUGCUCAGUGUGCUCAAGAUACAUUUGAAUUCAGCGUAAGAGCAGCAAAUAUAGUAAGUUGUAUUGUGAAAUUUCCUUGUGAUUAUAGAGAGAAUAGUUGUCCGAAUGUUUUUUUCAAACUGGAUUUCACCAACCCUUAUUCAUUAAAUAAUCAGUGUGUUUUCUCUUCGUUUGGAUUUGUUCCUUACGUUAAUGUUUAUUCUCGACUGGCGGAUGAAGAACAACUAAAAGUACAUGCUUGUGAAAAUAUCACUCGUCUAGUAUCAGAAAUUAAACAAUUUUUAAUAUUAGGCGAUUUUCGUUGGUUAGCACAAGUGAAUUCAUUAAAUCAAGAAAAAUUGAUUCUUCGAAAAUUAGAUUUAGAUCGUGUCAGUAAUCGAUUACGUGAUAAACUUGUUGCUGAAUUACAUAAUUUAGAACAAGAAACAAGUCCAGAUUAUCCUAUUAAUACUUUUCCAAAAAACUAUUCAACAGUAAAAAAAAAUACAAGUUAAUUGUUGUAUCUUCACGUACUUUUGUCAAUUAUAAAUAUCCAUUGAGUUAGUUAUAUUGAUAUUCCUUAGCGUUGAUCAUUCAUUCCAUGAUGGAAACUCUUAGUAAAUGAGAAAUUUUCUAUUCCUAAUCAACAAUGUAAACAUUGUCCUC